AUGCCACCACAACCACCACAACCACCACCAACAGCAACCACCACUCGUCGUGAAUCAUACACCGAAGCACUCAACACAGCCAUACAUCGAUACAAUGCUCUCUUGUCAACUCAACCCCAUAAGAACAAGUGGACCAAGAUCAAGUCUCAACCCAUUCCUCGAUCGUCGCGUAUUCACAUGUACAGGCGUAACGGCAUUCCCGAGACUGAAACAGUAUACAAGGUAGUGCUUGAAUGUCUCACCCAAUCUGAUCGACCAUGGACGUUAAGCGGUUGGCACUCGUUAUUCAGUAACCCGGAUACUCGAAAGUUGUGGGAUCACAUGGUGGACAGGGUACAAGUGGUUGAGAAUGAGGAUGAGGAGAACCAGUGGUCUCCAAACGUGUUUGUCACACGAAGGAUACCCAAUGACAAAUCCGAAGCAAGUAACGUCAUGAAUACUGGACAAGAUCAUUUGUUUGUUGAAAAGACCAGUCGCAAGAAGAAUCGCCUCUUGUACAUUUCAGCAUCGACAACGCAGCAACACCUUAUGGCGUAUGACAUCCGGAUGUCACCCGACGAUGACCCCGCCUUGGAUUCUCGUGUGACACUUUUUUAUCAAUCAUCAUCCACCACGAGACAAGAUAUACUCGAGUCAUACGUUAUGUCAUUGAUAACGGGUCCUCUUUCUGUACUUGGAUUGCAUGGUGCUCCUCCUUUCAUUAUACGUCGUCAUCCAUAUAAUGGUAUCCACGGCGUCAACACGGCAUAUUACCCCGAUCGGCAUGAAUGGAAUUUACACUAUCAAGUCGACACUACACAAAAGCAAUCCUCCUCCUCAACCUCCUCUUCAUCCUCCUCCAAAGUGAACAGUAUCCAUAUCAAACAAGCCGUCCAACAACAGCAUCACCAUCAUCACCACCAUCAUCAAAGUGCAUCCUGGGAUCAUCAAUCUUCAUUACAACUUGCUUCUUCACUUCGACAUCGCAAAAACAGCUUCAUGGCAUCAUCACUCCUCAUCACUCCAUCCUAUGCUACCAGCAGUAUGCGUCCAUCUCAAUCACCUAAACUUAUUCCCAAAUCGCAACAGGAUCACACACUACGAUCUGAUGUAUUCAGCUCAUCGUAUACCUUUGGCAGCCAUAUGCAUGAGAACAUCGCUGAGAACAGAGCAGCUGCAGCAACGGCACCGGAUGUCAUGAUCGAGCUUGAUCACCAAACAUGGGCCACCACUGGAUGCAUUGAUAUGGAUGUUCAUGUUUCUCUCAAUCAGCAGCCGCUUGACACCAAGAUGGUGGACCAAUUUGCUCAAUUCUGUAUCCGUUGCUAUCGACAACGACGACGGCAAAAUGGAACGGGUUAUCGAUAUUUUGUAACAUUGCAUCAUCCGGCCCAGUUUAUUCGCAGCAUUAAACAAGAGGGUGACGCUGAGAAGCAUAUCAAGGUGGACGUCAAGUUAAAGCCAGCAUCUACUACUACAUCAGCCGGCAAAGGAUUUCAUCAAGUAUACGUCAAUGGCAAAGAAUGGCCGUUUCGAUUAUGGGAAGGUCGUGCAUGGUCAAGUAAUCAUGGUGACAAGGUGGAUGAUGGCGGCAGCGAUAGUGAAUUAUUGGAUGAUACCAGCAGCGACGAUGAUGCUGAUGAAAGCUCCGAGGAUGAGGAGGAAGAAGAUCAAGUGACCAGCAGUGGUGAAAGUGGUAUUGGUGGUGAUCGUGAUCAUGGCGUGUUUGCCGGUGAUAUGGAAGGCUUCGUUUCAAAUCGAGACGUCACCAGUGGGUCGGAUCAAGAGAGUCAAGACAUCAAGCAAGAUAGUGCUAUUCCUCCUUUAAGCCUUGAUCCUAUGGUUACAUCUGAGCCUGUUACUGAGAGCCCGAUUGAACAUGAGGAAAAAGAGGAAGAAGAGGAACCUGCUUUGGUCUCGAAUGAGAUUGAUGUGCCUAAAUCGGAGCCCACACAGCUUGUCAAGAUGCAUACCUAUUUCGAUAGUCUUCUCCAGCGUACUGGAUGGCACAUGUUACAAUCGCCUGAACCUGCCAACCUCUUUGUUAGUAUCAGCAAACUUGACGUAUCAGGUCAUCCAGUGGGGGCUUAUUUGAGCGAGUCAAUAUGGCGAGAUUGUAGUAUAUGGGAUGUCAAGGCGGUGAUCAAUUGCAUUGGUGCAAGGAAAAUCUGGGAUUCUACGUUUGAAGAUGCAAGCUUUGUUCAUCAAGUGUCACCCACAUGCUCGAUAUGGCAUUAUAAGACAAAAGGCUUUUGGACUGUCAGUGCCAGGGAUUAUGUGGCGUUUGCAGCAGCUUACAUGUCACCAGGUCGCAUCGAUUUCUGUGCCACCUCCUGCAUCAGUGAUUCGUUUGGUCAUGUUUCUCUACCUAAAGAUCAAGCAGGUCACGUGCGUGCACGUCUUGAUUUAUGGGCAUGGCGUCUUGAACGUUACGACAACAACACUACCACUGUCAGGUUGAUCAACCAAGCGAAUCCACAAGGCUGGAUUCCCUCCUAUAUACCCAACAGCCUUUCAGGUCACCAUCCCGAUAUCGUCAUGCAUGCUCAUCAAUACUUCAACAAGUACGGUGCACCACCUGAUCUUGUCAUGUUGCAACACGGCAGCCUCGUCAAUAUCGCCUUUGAUCAGCAAAGAAAGAGUUUAAGAGCUGAAUACGUACGAUCUGCUGAGCCGGUAUCAGCAUCAUCAUCGUCAUCACCUUCAUCGAGUAUCUUUGGAACAGCUCGUGGCAGUGGCAAUGGUAGUACCAAAGCUGAAGUGAGAUUGGAUGGACGACAACAAGGUGAACGACAACGCAGCUAUAAUGUCGUGAUUGAUCCACCACCAUCACGUGUCCAUGCAAGCACACGCCAUUAUGAUCCUUAUGGUUGGUGGCUUGAGAUCGAGCAUGACGAGGAGCACAUCAUUCCACAGCGUGGCAAGAUUUUACUUCUUAUCAAACCUGAUACGCGUGACGAUCGAUUGGUGGUCAAUGGUGUACCAGCUGAUAUUUGUAAAGGUGCAUCACCCACCUCACUCAUCAAGUCACUUCCAUCUUCACGUCCGAUACAAGAUAAGCCCCAUCAAUUGGAUACAACUGCUACCAGUGGUGGUGGCAGCUCUGUAAUAUCAGGUGCGGCGACUACUUCAACUGCCACGGGCACCAAUACAACCAUGACAUCGAGUCCUGCUACUGAACAAGAGAAGCCAAAACAAUCUUCUACAACCGAAGACAGCAUCACACCACCAACCACAGCCGAUAGCAUUGAAUCAAUCGUGAAAACAUUGCCUGUAACACCAAAGGAAUACGCUCAAAGAGCCAUGUCGUUUUUGGCAAAGAUGGUGGAUCAACAAUUUGGAUGGAACAACGUCUCUGAUAAGAAUGGGAUGCAAAUCAGUAAGCGUCAAGGCACUAGCAAGACCAUUGAUCAGAUCCCAAUGGUGAUGGAUGAACCUUUUGCUAUACCCGAACCAUCAUUGAUUGUGAAGGCUUCCAAGGUCAUUGAAGGAUUUUCAGUGGAAGAAGUUGUGUCAGUGGUUACGGAUACCGGUCCACUCCGACAGCAAUAUGAUGAAUCAAUUGAAGAGAUUGAGCCAUUGAUGCAACUUGCCCAUGGAUGCUCCCUUGUACGACAAGUGAUCAAAGGUGGUUUUUUAUUCAAAUCAAGAGAGAUUUAUGUGGCGGCAUGCACAGCUCAUGAAAAGAUCAAUUCGACUACCAAUCCUGCAGCCAAGCGAGUCAUCUACAUUGAAGCAUCGAUUCCAAAUUUCCCUGUACCCAAGUCAUCUAAGCGUCAACAAGCUCUCUUUUGUAUAUCAGGCUGGAUCCUGGAAGCAAUUGACCCAUACACUACUACCACCAAUCAUCCCAUCCCAUCCACACGUGCGACAUUUGUGGCAAGUCUCGAUUUGGGUGCUUCGGUGCCAGCCUAUUUCAGUAAUCAAUUAGCCCUCGGAUUACCCAAGAAGAUCAAGGCACUUGAGAAUUACCUAAAGUCAAAUGGUCCACCACCUUAUCUUACCAAACCACUGGAUAUCCAGGGCUUUGGCAGUGAACAGCUUUCCGACCAAGUCAUCAAAGAGCUUUAUGCGGACCAUGGAGCUGUUGAAUGGAAGACGAUCAACAAGAACUAUGACCAAAAGACGUGUGAAUUCAAUACGCAAUGCACUUUUCGAUUGGCAAAAAAGGUAACAGCUCCACCUGCUCGAUCCAAUCUCAGCGUGUCACUUCAACGAUCCAAACAACUUGCGACAUCGCCCACAUCUACAGCUGCCAACAAGCGACGAAAAUCAGUGACGAUUGCCGACACUGGAAGUGUAAGCAGUAGCAACAGCAGCGGUCAUAGUAUGGUGGAACAGGAUUUAGUAUUGGUGCACGCUGUUGUGGAUUUGCGCAAUUAUGCCAAAGGAUAUGAGAUUACAGCCAAAAUGACGCGACAUGAUGGACUUGAAGAAAAGGAUGUAUCAGGAUCAUUAUUCGCUCGUGUAUCUGAACUUGCACCGGAGCCAUCUCACCUUGUUGCCAACACAAGCAAGAUACCCCAGAAGCAUGCUAUUGAACUUUAUCUACCAGCAGCAUCAUCCAUGUCACGUUUUACCAGCCGUGAAUGCAUCAUUGAAAUGUCGCUUGGUCCAGUACAGCAAGAAUCCCUUAACAAGCGUGGCACACGGUUGACUGUAUCUGGUGUGCUUGGAGAAGAGGAUAACCAAUGGCGUGGAUUGAUUUUAUUGAAUGGGCGUGAAAUUGAAGCCGGCGGUACAAGCGAAUGCGUUGCUAUGGCUACAACAAGCAGCAAUAGUCCAGAAGCAGAAAACCGAUCCGAUGAUGAAAUGUUGGCUGAAGAACAGAUAACGGAUCAGCAAUCCCUAUUAUCUUCGUCACCACCACCACCAACAGCAAGUAUGGGAGGUGGCGUGGUAGCAGCUGCACUUGGCGGUGUCUCAGCAGGUGUCAAUGAUAUCCGUGCACGGAUGUUGUUACCGUUUCGAAGUGCAUCCAAUCAUUUCAUGUCGAUCGAUGGCAAUGACGCCGAUAACGAUAAUGAUAACGAUGAUGAUCGAUUUUCUUCACCCAUGUCAAUCUCGUCCCUUUCCGAUCAAGAGGAACUUUGUACACCACCUCUCUAUGCAGAGAAUCAAGUCCAACUACGACAACGUCGAAUGCGAUCUCAAUCUGAUCUUGCUUCCAAUCGUCGCAAACGUGCCAGCAGCACUGCAAGUAGUGCCCUGUUUCAGCCAUCCUCAUUGUCUUCACGUCUCAUCGGCUUUUUGGUCAUGUUUUUGUUCUUCAUCCUCUUUCUUGGAAUCCUUAUGCCAUCAGCCACACCUAUUGACGCAGAUCAAAUGCACAUACGAUACUUGUGGAGCAUGCCCUGGUUUGGUGGAUGGCGUAUUCAAGUUCUCGCUGUUCAAAGAUAA